AUGGCAGAGUCAAAGCCAACCCUACGAUGGGGCAUCGUAGGUACUGGUAUGAUCUCGUCGUGGUUCAUCGCAGAUCUCACCAUCGACCGUAAAGACGCCAAAGCUACACACAUCAUCCAAGCCAUUGGAUCUUCUUCCGUUGAAAAGGGCAAGAAAUUUGUUAAAGAACAUCUGCCAAACGCGUCUAAACCUCCAACCAUUUACGGAAGUUACCAAGAGGCCUACCAAGACCCCGAGGUUGACAUUAUCUACAUCGGAACACCCCAUGGCUUCCACAAAAAGAACUGCCUCGAUGCCAUUUCGCACGGAAAGAAUGUCUUGUGCGAGAAAGCUUUCACCUUGAAUGCCAAAGAAGCGAGAGAAGUAUUCGAAGCGGCAAAGGAGAAGGGUGUUUUCAUUAUGGAAGCUAUGUGGACACGUUUCUUCCCUCUGGUCAAAACUAUCCAGAAGCUUGUUCAUGAGGAUAAGGUUAUUGGAGACGUGGCUCGCCUUUUUGCCGACUUUGCCAUGGAUCAACAUAUCGAGUCUCUGGCCCCUGAGCACCGUUUACGAGAUCUUUCCCUGGGUGCUGGCUCUUUGCUCGAUAUUGGUAUCUACAGCUUGACGUGGGGCCUUGUGGGCCUUGAUUCGGGUGUAGGCGAGGAAGCAACUACACCAAAGAUCUGCGCUGCACAAACCCUUGUCCAGGGCGUUGAUAUCAGUACUUCGAUUGUUCUACUCUAUCCUAAUGGAAAGCAGGGAAUUAUUACGUCGAACUCGAAAGUCAAGACUCCAAAUGUAUUUUGUCGUAUUGAAGGAACUGGUGGAUACAUUGUGGUAGAAGGUCCUGCAGCAGCACCCGAAAACUUUACCGUGUACAAAGACGGAGAUACAGAAGGAAAGAAAUAUGAUUUUGAGAAACAAGGGAGGGGAUUCUACUGGGAGGCUGAUGCAGUGGCUCUUGAUAUUGCGACUGGAAAGGUCGAGAGUGAUGUUAUGCCUUGGGCAGAGACUAUUCGUGUGAUGGAGAUUAUGGAUGAGGUUAGGAGACAGGGAGGCUCCAAGUUUCCUCAGGACUAG